CAGAAUUAUCAUCCAUCGUGUCACUUUACUCUCGCUCGUACUUUGUUUUAUAUUGUGAGUGCAUGUACUUGGUCUUCCAAUAUGGCGCCUAACAAAAUCUCGCGGCGCGGUGACGUCAUGUGAAAGGGGUCUAUAAUCUGAAUAACAUUACAUGGUGGAAUGAUCUCUUGUUUAAAAUAAUUUCACUCAUUCGCUUGGCUCACUCAUGAAAUAUUUUCACGACUCAAAGGUAAACUUCAUAUCUUCGUGCCACCAUGUACGGGUAAUAUCCCCUCUCUCUCUCUCUGUCUCUCUCUGAGGGCUUGACAUUAACGGUAGUCUGACUGUCCGGGACGACCAAAUGUUUGGCCCAGACAAGUUUACGUAUCUGAAAAGACAAGUGGAAUAUUUUGUUGAAAAUGACCAUAUUUAUAGUAAUUAUUUCAAGUGUUGCAUCAAUAAAGUUCCAACAAAACGAGUUCAAUCACCUCAGUGAUCCAGCCAUGUUUUGUUAGUGAAAUUCCAGGGAAGCAGAGUACAAUGUGUGUGUGUGUGUGUGUGCAAUAUACCAUGUCGUAAUAUCUAAUUACAGGUUAUUAGACUCUGAAUUAAUCGAAAUCGGAGAACUGGCGAUCAAGUACCUCAAAAUAAAUAUCUAUGGAGGCUCCUCAUCUUUACUGUUCAGGAUCUGCAGUCUGGAUACGAUGAGGCUAGCAGGUCCACUGCGUGCAGUCGUUGUCGUGUUCCUCGUUGGCUUGACUUGGCUUCUGGCAAGUUCCAUACUAGGAGGAGAUGGAGGUUCGGUCAUGAAAAUGUUCUUUAGUGGAGCACAAGAGGAGCCCACUCCAGAACCAUGGCCUCACAGGUACAAGUGUGGCCUCUCAGCCCCUUGUCCUCCUAAACACCUUGCAUUCCGUUUGAUGUCUGGAGCUGCAAAUGUUAUCGGACCCAAAAUCUGUCUGGAGGAUAAAAUUCUUCUCAGCAGUGUGAAGAAUAAUGUUGGCAGAGGACUUAAUAUCGCCUUGGUAAAUGGGGUCACUGGAGAGCAUUUGGAAACAAAAUCAUUUGACAUGUGGGAAGGAGAUGUGUCUGAUUUGCUGAAGUUUCUGCGACCUCUCCAUGAAGGAACCCUCGUGUUUGUGGCAUCCUUUGAUGAUCCAGCCACCAAGUUGAAUGACGAGGCGCGGCGGUUGUUUGAGGAGCUGGGCAGCACAGCAAUAAAAGAGCUUGCUUUCAGAGACAGCUGGGUGUUUGUGGGAGCCAAAGGAAUACAAAAUAAAAGCCCAUUUGAGCAGCGAAUGAAGAACAGCAAAAGUAGUAAUAAAUACGAGGGCUGGCCAGAGUCUUUGGAGAUGGAUGGCUGCAUUCCUUUACGCGCCCCCCUAGAGAGCUAAUCUUUCAAUUGGACAAAUAUAUCAAACAAGGAAAUGCACAAUGAACUUGACUGCUGACUAAACUGGUUCAGUCAGACACAGGGUGAACUCUUGGAUCAUGCUACCUAAAUGGUUUCUUACUGAUAGAAGUUUUUUUGUUUUUGUGUGUGUGUUUUUUGUCUUGUUUUUUUAAAGAAUUUCAGCUGGUACUACAAAGUGAGCCUCAACACAGAUGUAAUACUUUUAGGACUGUGAAAGGAAAAACUAUCUUUUUCCCCCCCUGUAAAUAUGUAGAAUAACGGUUGUUGUUAUAUAUAAAGAAUAAAAUAUAUCAGUCACUACUGUACGCAUCUGCUGCAUACUAGCCAUAAACCCUCACAUUUUUAUAUGUAAAGCAUUGAUUUAAUGUCACUAAUCCAUGCAUCUGUUCACCAAAUGUGCAUGUCAUACUUCAUGGAUAAACUUAUCAUAUUUAGAAACAUUUUCAGGUAACUGGUAUUAGAGAGUGCUAGUGUUAUACAAUAAUGAAUGUCUGUCUGUUUUUGUCUUAGAUUUCUAAUCCAUUUUUGCUAUAAUUUAAAUGAAGCAUGGUACAUAGUUGCUGUGAAAGUCGUACCAAGCUUAUGAUUUAACAUCUUGGAUUUUUUUUGUACAUUUAUUUCCUCAUUUUAUCAAAAGAAAGAUGAACACGUGCUGUAUUUUAAUUAGACUAGUUUAAAUAGAAUGUGAUAUUACAUUAACUCAAAAAGCUUCAUGAGAAAAUAGGAUUUUUGCUAGGCCAUGUUUCAAGCGUCAUGGGUGGUGGAGUUAUCAGACCAUGGCCACGAGAGGGCGAUAUAGAUUCAAGAAUGUGUCUGAACUUGAACUCUGCUCUCCAAUAAUAAGAAAUUACUGUAUAUCGAGUAUACAGAUGGCCAUAAUCCUUUUAUGCAGCGCCAUUGGGAGAGGGGAUAGGUGUUGUAGUAACAUAAUGUACACAUUUUGCAAAUACGGUAAACAAUACAUUUUCUUGACUAACGGGUGGCUUUGGUUUACAGUGGUGCGAGUAGAGAACACGAUCAGUUACAUAUUGCUGCAAACUGUAAACUUUCUGAUUGCUGCUUAUUAUUAUAGCUAUAAGCCAUUGUAAAUGGUCAUUGAAUUAGUUAUUUAAUAUAAAAUCUCAAAUUAAUUGUAGUUUUCCAGUCUCAUGAGCAUCAACUCCACCCCCUCACCCAUUCUCAUUUGUUCAUGUCAUGAUACACUUCCACAAACAUAUUCUGAAGAUCAGUGUUUGAUACUCACAUACCUGAUUGUCAUUGCGUUGAUUUGAAAACAGCUGACUCUAAUUUCACCUUCAAUUAACUGAAUCCUAGAGGUUCACAUACUUUUGCCACUAAUUGCUAUGUAAUAUUGGAUCAUUUUCCUCAAUAAAUAAAUAAAUGACCAUGUA